AUGCAACAGGCUUGGCAGCAGCAGCAGGAGGAACCAGCAGUCGGUCAGCCCGCGCGGUAUGCGCCAUUGAGUAAUUCACAACAGCAACAGCAAUCCCCGGUAAGAGGGCCACAAGAGCCUCCAAUUCAACCUCAGCCGCCGCCUGGUUUCAAUUACGAGGUCUAUCAAUCCCCCUCAUCGUCAUCUCAUAGCCAAACGAUGAGCAUGUCACCUUCAAUGACACCCCGCAUCAACGCUGGAGAACGCGACGAUGACGACGUUCCCAUGGAGGAUGCGGACCCGUACAAUCGGUCCAAGUACUCAUCAAGACCAAGUCAUUCGCAGAGACCUUCGUCACAGUAUAUGCCUCAGGAAGAAUCCUCGGCCGCUCGAAGAUAUUCUCCGAUGAACACCUUCUCGCCAACCUCACCGUAUGCGCGAAGCCCGCAGCAAUCCAAUCCACCAGCAUACAGCCCGUAUGCAUCGCAAUCCAAUCCUCUUCGGCAAUCUCCCACUCGCUCAAAUCCAUAUGCUUCCCCAUCUCAUUCUUAUUAUACCCCAACUUCAGCAGCCCGAUCGCAGCCACCGCAAUUGACGCCCCUCCAGCCACCCGAUUCCACCCCUGCCCAGAAUCUCUCGCUGUCCGCCACACCGCAACUCAACACCGGUUUUGGGCGAGAGCUAAGAUCACCAAGAUAUGCCCCUCCACAAUUAAACAAUGGAUCACACAGGAGCUCUGUUCCUCGCUUUGCGAAAGUGAAAUCGAUUCAGGAACUGCGACCCAAAGUCAAUGCUCAACCCGCAUUCAGACGUGCGAAUCCAGAAGGCGGGUUUAUUAGUCCUCUGCAAGCAUUGACAACACAUCUGCCGGCUACAUAUCGCAUUUGUAACCCGAAUUUCAAAUACGAAUCAUCGCGCAAUCCGCGCCGGGUCCUUACAAAACCUAGUAAAGGCGUGAAAAAUGAUGGAUAUGAUAACGACGACAGUGAUUAUAUCCUUUAUGUCAAUGAUAUCUUGGGCUCCGAGGAGACGGGUCAUAAAAAUCGUUACCUCAUCCUCGAUGUCCUGGGCCAGGGCACUUUUGGGCAAGUGGUGAAAUGCCAAAAUUUGAAAACACAGGAGGUCGUGGCCGUAAAGGUUGUCAAGAAUCGGACAGCUUAUUUUAAUCAAAGUAUGAUGGAGGUUUCCGUCCUAGACCUGCUCAACAGCAAGCUUGAUAAAAACGACGAUCACCAUCUGCUCAGGCUCAAAGAUACGUUUAUUCAUAGACAGCAUCUAUGCCUGGUGUUUGAGUUAUUGAGCGUCAAUCUGUAUGAACUUAUAAAACAGAAUCAGUUCCGCGGUUUGAGUACGACCCUUGUCAGAGUCUUCGCUCAGCAACUCCUGAACGGGUUGACCCUCCUCAACAAAGCAAGAUUGAUUCAUUGCGAUCUCAAACCUGAAAAUAUUUUAUUGAAAAAUCUCGAGAGCCCAAUUAUCAAAAUUAUAGAUUUUGGAUCUGCGUGCGAUGAGAGACAAACAGUUUACACUUAUAUUCAAUCGAGAUUCUACCGGUCACCCGAGGUCCUUCUCGGUCUACCGUACUCUUCUGCCAUUGACAUGUGGUCUUUAGGUUGCAUUGUCGUCGAGUUGUUUCUUGGCCUCCCCUUGUUUCCGGGAUCGUCUGAAUAUAAUCAAGUUUCCCGCAUAACAGAAAUGCUUGGGCUUCCGCCGACAUGGAUGCUCGAAAUGGGCAAACAAUCUGGUGAAUUUUUCGAGAAAGUUCAUGAUGAGUAUGGACGACGCACAUAUCGCCUGAAAACCAUGGAGCAAUAUUCACGAGAACAUGGGACGAAAGAGCAGCCUAGCAAGAAAUAUUUUCAAGCGAAUUCGCUGCCCGAAAUAAUUCGCAGCUAUCCGAUGCCCAGAAAAAAUAUGAAGCCUGCUGAGAUUGAGAGAGAAAUGAAUAAUCGUGUUGCAUUCACCGACUUUGUUAGGGGAUUAUUAAAUAUUAAUCCCUUAGAAAGGUGGACCCCUCAGCAAGCUAAAUUACAUCCUUUCAUCACCCAACAGAAAUACACCGGGCCUUUUAUCCCUCCGAUGAAUCUCAAAGCAACGGCACUGAACAAGACACCUGCUCCUGGGGUGCAGCAGCAGCAACAGGCUGAAGCCCUAAGCAAACAACGGGCGCAGGCUGCACAAGCUGCACAAGCGCAAGCGCAGUCUGCAGCACAAUCUGCUUAUGCGAACAUGCAGCUGGGUCAGUAUUCGCAAGGAGCACAUAGUCAAGCUCCUCCAAUGUACAGCAACAUGUAUGCGGCGCAUCCUAAUGCCCAUCACCAAGGCCCGCCACCUCCUUAUGCUUCGCAGCAAACAACAGCAUAUGGCCACCAGAUGCCUAUGAUUCAACAGACUCCUUCACAAAUGGCAUCGAGCCAAUAUAGCUCGCAACCAAGUCUUUAUGCUCAAGCAACGACAAGGGCAGGUCGCCAACGCGCGUCGACGAUGGAUCAACAGCAAGCCGCGAUCCCGCCUGCUAUUCAGCGUGUUGCUAGUCAUCUCGAUCCAAAUGCGCCGAUUAGGUUGCAACCCAGUCCAGCUUACUAUCCACCGCCGCCCGAUGGCGCUCAUGAUACGGGCCCUGGGAGCGCUAAAAGGAGAGGAAGUCGCGCUGGUGGAAGCUCCCAGCGAGGGAACCGAGAUUUCAUCAGGAAUCUUGAGGAUAGGACUUUAGAAGAAGGGUUUUUGAACCAGUCCCAGUGGCAUUGA